GUUGGUUGGCUGUGCGAGCAACAAUCUACUAUGGCUUCUUUUCUCCGGACGGCGUCGCGCACUCUGCCCGCUACCAGGCGUUUCUCUGCCCAGACUCCGUCAAUUGCGACAAUUGCUCUUCAGAGGCGGCAUGCCUCAUCUGCUGCCGCCAAUGGCUCUCAGCCCUUCUUCCCUGACGAGCCCGUCGAACCAAUCGUGAAGACUCAAAUUCCUGGCCCCCAGAGCAAGGCGGCAAUCGAGAAAUUGGAGAAGGUAUUCGACACGCGGAGUCUCAACAUGAUAGCUGACUACGGGCGAAGUUAUGGUAACUACAUCGCUGACCCGGAUGGAAACGUUCUCCUUGACGUAUACGCACAGAUUGCUUCUAUUCCCGUUGGCUACAACAACCCCACUCUACAGCUCGCUGCCACAUCACCUGAGAUGGCUUCUGCUAUCAUCAACCGCCCUGCCCUAGGCAACUUUCCCCAACACGACUGGGCCGAUAUCCUCGAAACCGGUAUUCUCUCUGUCGCACCAAAGGGUCUCGAUCAAGUCUUUACAGGUCAAUCCGGCUCCGAUGCCAACGAGCUGGCCUACAAGGCAGCCUUCAUGUGGAAGCGACAACAACAGCGUGGAGGCGCCAACGUCGACUUCUCCGACCACGAAAUCACCUCAGCUAUGAACAAUCAAUCCCCCGGCGCCCCCGAACUCUCCAUUCUCUCCUUCAAAUCCGCCUUCCAUGGCCGCCUCUUCGGUAGUCUCUCUACUACACGCUCCAAACCCAUCCACAAACUCGACAUCCCCGCCUUCGACUGGCCCCAAGCCCCCUUCCCAGCCCUAAAAUACCCCCUCGAAGACUUCGCUGCCGAGAACGCCGCCGAGGAACAACGCUGCCUCGACGAGACAGAACGUCUUAUCAAAGAGUGGCACGCACCCCCUACCGCCGUCGUUGUCGAACCCAUCCAAUCCGAAGGGGGCGACAACCACGCCUCCGCCUCCUUCUUCCGGGGCCUCCGCACCCUCACGAAGAAACACAACAUCCUCUUCAUCGUCGACGAGGUGCAAACCGGCGUCGGCGCCACAGGCCAAUUUUGGGCCCACGAACACUGGAACCUCGAGUCCCCACCAGACAUGGUCACGUUCUCCAAGAAAGCGCAAACGGCGGGCUACUACUAUGGAAACAACGAUUUACGCCCCAACAAACCAUACCGUCAGUUCAACACUUGGAUGGGUGAUCCUGCCCGUGCCAUCCUCUUCCGCGCAAUCAUCCAGGAAAUCAAACGUCUGGAUCUCGUGCGUCAUACCGCUGCUACAGGAUCAUACCUCUACGAUGGCCUUGCGCGGCUCGCAGAGAAGUAUCCCGGCGAGAUUAUGAAUUUGAGGGGGAAGGGCCAGGGUACAUUCAUUGCGUGGGACUCGGGCAGGCGCGAUGAAGUGCUGAAGAAGGCUAAAGCGGUCGGGGUUAACAUUGGCGGGUCUGGAGAGAGGGCGGUGAGGCUGAGGCCAAUGCUGGUGUUCCAGAAGCAUCAUGCUGAUCUGCUUUUGGAGCGGCUGGAGAGAAUCUUCGGGUCGUAGGGUUGUGUUUUCUUCUCCCUUUGUGCAGGAGUGAGUGAGUGAGUUCUUUUCACACCAGUUAGAGAUUCUGGCUUUCCGCCGGCGGUUUCUUGAGAGGUAUACGUGAGGCAUUGCUGCUGCUUCGAGCCAUGCAUACAUUCUAGCGAUCAACUGCAAAUAUACGACAAUGUUAGACAAUCAAUUGAAUCUCUCAAUUCUUCCCCCCUCGAACAAUCGACAGUGUACCAUGUUCCAUCUACUCAAGAUUCUGCUUCCCGGGAGUAAUGUGCAUGUAUUAAUCCUCAUGGGUCUUUUCCUCCUGCCAAUCCAUAUAGACAGAUAUCUAGCAGUUCCUACUACUUCAAAGACUUACACUCAUUCUAGACCUAAUACACGGCUA